UGACGUCACCCGAAGUCCUGUAGCUCUCAGGAUCCAGCAUCUAGCAGCAUUCUAGCCUGAGCAGAGCUUGACAACCCGCAGAAAGCCGCCGGCAGAUCGCUCGUCUCAUUGUCACACCAUGGCUGUCCCCCUGUCUGACAGCGAUAAGAGGAAGCAGAUCAGUGUGCGGGGUAUCGCAGGGCUCGGCGAUGUGUCCGAGGUCAGGAAGAGCUUCAACCGGCAUCUGCACUUCACCUUAGUGAAAGAUCGGAAUGUGUCCACUCCGAGGGACUAUUACUUCGCCCUGGCACACACUGUCAGGGAUCACCUGGUGGGCAGAUGGAUCAGGACCCAGCAGUAUUACUACGAGAAGGAUCCAAAGCGUAUUUAUUACCUUUCUCUGGAAUUCUACAUGGGACGCACAUUGCAGAACACUAUGCUGAAUUUAGGUCUUCAACACGCCUGUGAUGAAGCGAUAUAUCAGCUGGGCCUGGAUAUGGAGGAACUGGAGGAGAUAGAAGAGGACGCAGGUCUCGGCAAUGGUGGACUGGGACGCUUGGCAGCUUGUUUCCUUGAUUCAAUGGCUACUCUGGGUCUGGCUGCUUACGGCUAUGGGAUCCGAUAUGAAUUUGGGAUAUUCAAUCAAAGGAUUAUAAAUGGAUGGCAGGUGGAGGAAGCUGAUGACUGGCUUCGAUACGGGAACCCCUGGGAGAAGGCUCGUCCUGAGUACAUGCUUCCUGUACAUUUCUUCGGCAAAGUGGAGCACACUGCUGAAGGUGCUAAAUGGGUGGAUACACAGAUAGUGCUUGCGAUGCCUUAUGACACUCCCGUUCCUGGCUAUAAAAACAACACUGUGAACACCAUGAGGCUUUGGUCAGCAAAGGCACCAAAUGAUUUCAACCUACAAGAGUUUAAUGUUGGUGACUACAUUGAGGCUGUGUUGGACAGAAAUCUGGCUGAAAACAUCUCCCGAGUUCUCUACCCCAAUGAUAAUUUCUUUGAAGGCAAGGAGCUGCGGCUGAAGCAAGAGUACUUUGUGGUAGCUGCUACUCUCCAAGAUAUCAUCAGACGAUUCAAGUCGUCCAAGUUUGGAUGCCGGGAUCCAGUGAGAACUUGCUUUGACACUUUCCCCGAUAAGGUUGCCAUUCAGCUAAAUGACACCCAUCCCGCUCUCGCUAUUCCUGAGCUCAUGAGGAUCUUUGUUGAUGUGGAGGGAAUGGAGUGGGAUAAGGCCUGGGACAUUACAAAGAGGACCUGUGCUUACACCAAUCACACAGUACUGCCUGAAGCGCUGGAACGCUGGCCAGUUGAUAUGUUUCAGAAACUGCUACCUCGGCAUCUGGAGCUCAUCUAUGAAAUUAACCAGAAACACUUGGAUGAAGUGAGAGCUCUAUAUCCUAGCGAUUUGGAUCGGCUGAGGAGGAUGUCAAUCAUUGAAGAAGGAGACUGCAAGAGGAUAAACAUGGCUCACCUGUGUGUGAUUGGCUCUCAUGCUGUCAAUGGCGUGGCGAGGAUCCACUCAGAGAUAGUAAAGCAUUCAGUCUUUAAAGACUUCUUUGAUAUGGAACCACCGAAAUUCCAGAACAAGACAAAUGGCAUUACUCCAAGGAGGUGGUUAAUGCUGUGCAAUCCAGGCCUGGCUGAUAUAAUCGCCGAGAAAAUUGGGGAAGAUUUUGUAACUGACCUGAGCCAACUAAAGAAACUGUUGGAUUUUGUGGAUGAUGAGAGCUUUGUACAUGAUAUUGCUAAAGUCAAGCAGGAAAACAAGCUUAAAUUUUCAGCUUAUUUGGAGAGUGAAUACAAAGUAAAAAUUAAUCCUUCUUCGUUGUUUGAUGUACAAGUGAAGAGAAUCCAUGAAUACAAGAGGCAGCUCCUGAACUGUUUACAUAUCAUCACUUUGUACAAUCGAAUCAAGAAAGAUCCAUCCAAAACAUUUGUGCCAAGAACAGUAAUGAUUGGAGGAAAGGCGGCUCCUGGCUAUCAUAUGGCAAAAAUGAUCAUCAAAUUAAUCACCGCUGUGGGAAAUGUUGUCAACAAUGAUCCUAUAGUCGGUGACAGACUUAAAGUCAUAUACCUGGAGAACUACCGAGUGUCCCUGGCCGAGAAAGUGAUCCCAGCUUCUGACCUGUCUCAGCAGAUCUCCACAGCAGGCACAGAGGCCUCCGGCACUGGAAACAUGAAGUUCAUGCUGAACGGAGCUCUGACCAUUGGAACGAUGGACGGUGCAAAUGUGGAGAUGGCAGAAGAGGCCGGAGAGGACAAUCUAUUUAUCUUUGGCAUGAGAGUGGACGAUGUGGAAGCACUUGACAAGAAAGGAUACAAUGCAAAAGAAUACUACGAUAGAAUCCCAGAGCUUCGGGAAGCGAUCAGUCAGAUCAGAGAUGGCCGCUUUUCCCCCACUGAACCAGAUCUGUUCAAGGAUAUCGUCAAUAUGUUAAUGAAUCAUGACAGGUUCAAGGUGUUUGCAGAUUAUGAAGCUUACAUGAAAAGCCAAGCGAAAGUGGACCAAUUAUACAUGAAUCUCAGGGAAUGGACCAAGAAAGUCAUCAAGAACAUUGCUUGCUCUGGCAAGUUCUCCAGUGAUAGAACAAUAAGUGAAUAUGCCACUGAAAUCUGGGGGGUGGAACCAUCCGCUGUGAAGAUUCCUCCACCCAACAUACCCAGGGAAUAGAUAUAUGGAGGUGCAUGUGCUCACUGUUCUCCGCUGGUAGUUUGGUUGGCUCAGGAUUAGUGUUUGUUCACCAGUUGUGAUUGCUUUUCCCAUCAGAGCUUAGCCUUGCUAUUGGGAAAACAUCCUGAUUGCAUUAUUCAACACUGACUCUCUGCAGUUGUGCUGCUCACAAUAUUUGGGUUUGAUCUACAUUCUGGGCCUGGCUAUGUAACUAGGCCAGUGGCAAGACAGUACUGAGGUCAUCUACUGAAGUCAUAGGCAGUGCUUCCAUAAUAUGUUAACUAAGGAAGCAAGGGCAGUCUCUGCAGUUUCUUUCAUAGAGAACACAACCCAUAUUCAUGUUAGGUCAUACAGGAUUGAACCACUUGCAGUCCACUGAAUAAUAAUUAACCAUAGCCAGUAAUUGUGCUCAUUCUGUACACUGUUUUAUAACUUGUUUCUUUUUUUUGUCCUGUAUGAACAAAUAGGAAACACACGUGAGAUGGUUCUUCUGCAUUUCACAUUGACUCCAUGUAGUACAGCUGUAUCAUAAUGUUUUAGUCAAAUAGCACUAAUAGUUUUAUUUUAUUCAGUUUUUAGCUUAUGAACAUCUUUAGGCUUUUAUCAGUGAGGGAAUGUAGAGAGUCGAGGCAUUGUGCAGAAUGCAGUGACCCAUGAAUCCAAUCACAUUGCAGUCUGCUUUAGUCCCAUUAUACGUCAUUUCUGAUAUGUUGCUAGUGAUUACUGCACUGUUGCCCAUCAUCGCUACUCUUUGCACUACUUUAUUGAAUAAGCCUGCGUGUCAGAAAAAGCAUAAGUGACAAUGGGGACAUUUUGGUCAUACAAGGCUUAUUCACAAAGGGCAUUUUCCCCAUGCAGAGUAGAUAUGUGACCUUAAAUGGUAAGGAAUAAAGUACCCUCUAAGGAAAGAAUGGUGCAUAGAGUAUGUGUUGCCUUGACAUAAGCCAUUAGGAAAGGCUCAUUUAGAGUGUCUUAUAAAGUUUUAAAUACUGUAAUAAAAGCAAUCUAGUAGCUGCAAAAUAGUGACACAGAGCAAACACUUUCCAACACUGCGGUGGACCAUCUGUAGGAAUGUGGCCGUCAUAUCCUUGCUCUCCGCACAACCUGGUGAAGGGAACAUCGAGCAAGCUUGGCGUGAAACUUUGUAAAUCAUGUGUUUGUCUUUGCAAAGAUGCCGUCGCUUUAGCAUUUGUGUGUGUGUUAUUCCAAAGUACUGUAUUUCUAACUAAAGGUUUGCACGUUAUAACUCCACCUUCGUGUUUGUGGGUCUUAUUCCUUUAAUAAAACUACUAUCUACUCUCA